AUGCGGUGGUUGCUGAAGGCGUGGGGUCGGCCGCGAGGAACCGCCUUUGGGCGGGAUUAUUCGUGGCAGCCCCGAGGGGGGCUCCGGCGUUCGACAGGGCUUCAGAAGUACCAGGCCUUGUUUCCAUGGGAACAAGAACCCUCCACAGGGGGCGGGGACAUUCUAGGCAGAAGGCGCGGGAAAGCGCUCGUGCCCGGCCGGUGGAAGCACGCAAAGGGAGCUGAGGGAGAACCCAGCUUUCUGGGCAUAGUCGAAAACUUCUGCGACCGGGCGGAGCGCGUGAUUGAAAAGGAGCUCGUGAGGCGGCUUCGCGCUCCCAAGGACGAGAAGGAACGAGUGCUGCGGGUUCGCGGGGUCCUCGACGCAAUCCGGUGCUGCGGCCACGUCCUGGAGGUGGCCUUCCCGGUUCGUAGAGACAGGAUUCGAUAUAGCAAAUCAGUUGGCGCUGAUGAAGUAAAAGCUUUGGCUGCUUUGAUGACAUACAAGUGUGCAGUAGUAGAUGUUCCUUUUGGUGGGUCAAAGGCUGGUGUGACUAUUGAGCCAAGGAAUUAUUCAGAAAAUGAACUGGAGCAAAUAACAAAAAAGUUCACAUUGGAAUUGGCCAAGAAAGGUUUUAUAGGCCCUGGAAUUGAUGUAGCUGCCCCUGAUAUAAACACAGGAGAAAGGGAGAUGUCCUGGAUUGCUGAUACAUACGCCUGUACACUUGGACACAAGGAUAUCAACUCAUAUGCCUGUGUAACUGGGAAACCCAUAAGUCAGGGAGGAAUCCAUGGGCGUAUGUCAGCCACAGGCCGUGGAAUUCUAUAUGGAAUUGAAAACUACAUCAACAAUGCAAAAUAUAUGGAUCUUAUUGGCCUCAAAACUGGUUUCUCUGGGAAAACAUUUGUUUUGCAG